AAAUGCAGAGCCGCGAAGUCAUCCCGCGUUUUAGCCUAACCCUUCAGUCCAAAAGGGCCCCUUCCCGCAUAUGCGAGAUACGCUAGACAUGUACACCUGACCUGAAGUUGAUGUGGCAGAACGAACGGUCCACAAUACAGCCCGUAUUCUGCCCAAACACGCCAAUGCCUACAUCGCCUAGUAAGGCGCGGGCGGGGGCAGGGGGGAAGGGGGGUUACAUGAACGGAUGCUAUCGAUGUUGCGUUCGAGAUAUCUAAUGUAGUGUAGGGACUUGCGCGCGGGGAUACCUAGGCACCUUGCCGACUGCUCUAGUCUUGGAAAACUCGAAGUCCUGGGCUACCAUCACAUAUCAACACCACCUCACGGCAUCACGACGACAGGGUUCUCAACCAGUUAUAUUGUGCCGAAGUCGCGGCUAGAAGUAUGUGCUUUGAACAUACAAUCGUCUACAAGCAAAUGCGCAUGGUCCAUCACACGUUCGACGAGCGACUUUAGUCCUGCCCUGGAGAAAGAACGAACGAGAUACUACAGCCAAAUGGUCUCCUCCGAUACUCUCUACGCAACCUGAGAAUCGGGAACUUGAACCCAAAUGACAACUCACCACCUGCAUACAUACUGAGUUACCAUAUGUUCCACACGUGGGGGUUAUACGAUGCAAUGAACCCUACGAUACUACCAGUUCGCACGAUGCAUCAUUUUCUGUUAUCAUCGGUUAUCACUCGUCCUUCAGAUUGCACUCGGAUUUCCUUCGGUUCCGUCCACAUCCUGUCAGUCCAUGUUGGUCUCUCAGAGUUCCACUGGAGUUGCGUCACGCUAUUGAGAUCAAGUACGCAGGGCUUACCAUAUUGGAGUCGGUUAGGUAGGAAUCAAGCAGCGGCACUGCAUGAUUGCAAUUGCAACAAGCGCCAUGCUUCUGACCUUUACGUUCAACGCUAUCGAACUUCCACUUUUUCAGGAUAUGGGUAGUAACAAGGACUGUGCUCGGCCGGCUCGAAAAAAAAGUUUCGUGUGGAUGGAGAGGGUAAAGUCACUGAAGAGGUUACCACAAAGGGGAACAUGCUGGGAAGUUGUAUAGAAAUAGUACCUGACUUCGUUGGUGAAAGGAAGAAAGAGCCUCGAAACACUACCUGCUCAUACCCGGAGAAAUAGCAGUUCGACACCAUACAUGAGUGCCGACCGUAAGCCAGCAUUAAAGUAUCUAAUC